AUGUGGCACCUCAAACUCUUUGCAGUGCUCAUGAUCUGCCUAUUGCUGUUGGGCCAGGUAGAUGGCUCCCCAGUACCAGAGCUGAGCUCAGCAAAGAGGCGGCCACGGAGAAUGACCCCGUUUUGGAGAGGGGUCUCCCUCAGGCCCAUUGGAGCCUCGUGUCGGGACAAUGCUGAGUGUGUCACAAGGCUAUGCAGAAAAAGACGCUGCUCCCUGAGUGUGGCCCAGGAAUGA